GUAUAAUAAGUUCAUUAAAGCAAACUCUGUGUUCUCAUUUUACUGUGAGAUGUCAAAGUUAUGUCAAAACAAAAAAAAAACAGUUUUUAUAACCUAAAAGCGUAGGCUCAAACAGCUUUCCUGAGAAGGAGAAAUUGUUUUUCAACUUUAAUGGCAAAAGGAAAGGAAGAUGAUGAUAUGCCUGCAGAAUUUUCAGUUGAGAAGAUACUUGACAAGAGAACAAGAAACGGAAAAAUUGAGUAUUUACUGAAAUGGAAAGGUUAUAAAGACGAGGAUAAUACUUGGGAGCCUGAAGAAAAUCUCGAUUGUCCUGAUCUAAUUUCAACAUAUGAAUCACAGUUUCAGAACAUUGUAACCAACAUGGUUGAUGAUAGUGAUAAAAGUAAUAAACGUAAGAGUAUUGCGGAGGAUAAUAGACUAAGGGGAUUUGAUAGAGGACUUGAACCAGAUAAAAUCGUUGGAGCUACAGAUGUUAGUGGUGAAUUCAUGUUUCUAAUGAUGUGGAAAAACUGUAAAGAAGCAGAUUUAGUGGCAGCAAGAGUUGCAAAUGCUAGAUGCCCAGAAAUAGUUAUAAAAUAUUACGAAAGUAAACAAAUGUGGUAUUGUAAGCCCAAUGUUAUUGAAAUUGAUUAGAUUAGAUACAUAUAUUGUAACUUUUGUGAAGAAAAAAUUCAAUAUUUCUUCAAAUGGAAAAUCAUUAUGACAUCUGGUAGUCUUGGUUUUGAAUUUUUCUAUAAUUAAUUUCUCGAAAAAAACAGUUAUUUUAUAUUUUGUGCUUUUAUGUGUAAUGAUUUAUUGUUUGACACUGUCGUAUUCUGAUAGUAAUGAUGAAAUUUCCGUCUAUUAUUUUAAAUAUUCAGAAUUUGAAUUUGUUGAUUGAGAGGAAUAAUAAUUUAAUAUGAUUUGCA